AUGGGGUGUCUUAGCGUUGUAGGAGCAAGUCCUUGCGUUUCUUCUUCUGCGCUAUCUUCACCUACCAGCCGCUUAUCCUGCGCACCCUCUUGCAAGCUUAUCCUUAACCCCAUCAAGAAGAAUCACCAUUUAGCUGCAUUUCAACCUGCAGUUCAUCUUUUUGCAAGUAACCAAUCUCGUUCCCAUGCCUCCAAAAGGAACCAUACAACUCGUAUAUUCCUUCCCCACUUGGUUGCUUCCAUGGAAGAAGUGGAGGAGACAUAUAUUAUGAUUAAGCCUGAUGGUGUUCAAAGAGGACUU